AUGGCCGGGAGGGCUGGCUCCUGCUCCUCCUGCUCCACCUGCUCCUCCUGCUGCUCCAGCCCUACCUGCUCCUCCUGCUGCUCCAGCCCUACCUGCUCCUCCUGCUGCUCCAGCCCUACCUGCUCCUCCUGCUGCUCCAGCCCUACCUGCUCCUCCCGCUGCUCCCUCCGGCUCAACGCGGACAACGCCCGCUUCGCGCUGCUGGCUGCCUUCAUCUCGCUGUACCUGGUGUGCGGGGCGGCCGCCUUCUCGGCUAUCGAGCGGCCCGUGGAGGUGCGGGCUCAGCGGGCGUGGAGCCAGAGGCUGGCCGACUUCACCCGCUGCCACAACAUCAGCCGCCGGGAGCUGGGCGCCUUCCUGAGGGAGUACGAGGAAGCCCAUGUGGCUGGCAUCAGGGUCGACCCCCUGAGACCCCGGUGGGACUUCACGGGAGCUUUUUACUUUGUCGGGACGGUGGUGUCCACCAUAGGCUUUGGGAUGGCCACACCAGUGACGAUCGGGGGCAGGAUCUUCCUGAUCUUCUACGGCCUGGUGGGAUGCGCCGCCACCAUCUUGUUCUUCAACCUGUUCCUGGAGCGGGCCAUCACUCUGCUGGCCUACAUCUUGCGCUGGUUCCACGAGCGGAAGGUGCAGCGGAGUGCGGCGACGAAGCGGUCCGGCCGCGGAGGCUCCGGCCACUCGGCGGAGGUGGACAGCCUGGACGGGUGGAAGCCCUCCGUUUACUACGUCAUGCUCAUCCUGGGGGCCGCAUCGAUCGUCAUCUCCUGCUGCGCCUCGGCAAUGUACUCGCCCAUCGAGGGCUGGACCUACGCCGAGUCCUUGUACUUUUGCUUUGUGGCGUUCAGCACCAUUGGGUUCGGCGAUCUGGUGAGCAGCCAAAGAGCGGCCUACACCAACCAGAGCUUGUACCGGGCGGGGAACUUCCUGCUCAUCCUGAUGGGCGUGUGCUGCCUCUACUCCUUGUUUAACGUCUCCUCCAUCGUCAUCAAGCAGUUCCUCAACUGGAUCCUGGAGAGGCUGGAGUGCCGGUGUUGCCGAUGGUGCCGGGGCGCGGGGAGGGCGAAGACCCACCGGAAUGCCAUCCACCCGGCCGCUGUCAAGACCAGGCGGCACGACGUUUCUGUGGAGACGGUGUGCGACAGUGAGACCGAUGGGCGCCGGAUGUCGGGCGAGAUGAUCUCCGUGAAAGACUUUUUGGCUUCCGACAAGGUGUCCCUGGCUAUAAUGCAGAAGCAGCUCUCCGAGACUGCCAACGGCGGUCCCAGGCAAAGCCACACACGGUACAACGGUUUCUCUGGUGGUGUUGGCGCCUUGGCAAUCAUGAACAACAGAUUGGCGGAGACGAGCGUGGAUAGGUAG